GAAUAGAGAAGCGGUUUGGUGCAGCCGCAUAUGUUCCCAGAGAAUGAGGUUCUUUUUCUCUCUUUGUUCCCUCCCUCCACCACCACCUGAGAAGAAGAACCUAUCUGUUGCCUCCCUUCAGUUGACUUUCUUUUUCUUAGCAAUGUAUUCAUUUCUAUCCACAAUCCAAAAGUCAGAAAGGAACCUCACUCUAAAGUCAACUUGUAUGGAACCUGGGUUUUUAUGUUUGAGCCACCUGAAUAAUCUUUUAUAUCCGUUUGACGAAGUAUUUGUCCAACCUUGUGUUGGUGUGGUAAUUUGGUGUGGUGUGACGUAGUUCGGAUAAAAUCGAGCAAGCAGUAGAUGGGUUGUGGUAUGAGGUAAGUUAUAAGAAUGUCUUGAUAAGCAAUUUGUGAUCUCUUAUUAUAGUGUCUAUAAGUGGCAGCCUUCAUGCCACAUUUUUAGAAAAUCUGUAAAAACUUAUGUAUGAAAUUGAUCUAUCGUUUGACAAAUGUAAUAGUGAGAACGGAUUGUUUCUAAUCGAGAGUACAAUUCCUAGGUUACGGAUGAGUUUUCAGAAUCGUUCUUAUCUUAAUGAAGAAAUAUUCAAAAUCUUAAAUCCUUAAUCAUCGGGGUCAAAACUUCACCAAUCAUCACUCCUUUUCCUUUCUCUUCUUCUCCGAUAAAAGGCAAGGCAAAUCCUAGCCUGAAAUUCCAAUCUCAGCUUCAGGAUUUCCAUGUAGAUUAUUGAAAGAAACAGAUUAAAAAUAAAAAAAAAUCAUCCUGGUAAUAUUCCAAUUGCCAUUCUAUUCCCACUCCACUCCAUCUAUUCUCCUCCAAUUGCCAUUCUCUGAUCAUACAUAAAUGCCCACUUCCCUUCCAUUUCCAACCCAGCCAUAGCUAGUAGAGCUUCUAUUCCUCCGCCACCUUUCUGCUACGUACGUACCAAAACGUCGGACACACAAUCACCCUAUCGAGCCAUGAUGGGCGUCGUCGAUCUGUCGGACAAGCUCCGGCUCGCUCUGGGCACGGUGAAGGACCGCGCGUCCAUAGGCAAGGCCAGGAUGGUCCACAAGUCGGCCGAAGGGAGGGGCUUCUCCCACCUCGAGAUCGCGGUGGUUCGAGCCACGGGCCACCACCACGCCUCCAACGUCGACGACAAGCAUAUGCACGAGAUCCUCUUCCUCGCCACCAACUCCCCCGGUUCCAUCCCCUUUCUCGCGGAGCGCAUCUCCCGGCGCCUCGCCAAGACGAGGGACAGGCUCGUCGCGCUCAAGACCCUGCUCCUCGUCCACCGCCUCCUCAGGGGAGGCAACCGGUACUUCGAGCACCAGCUGCGGAUGGCCCACGCGUCGGGCCACCUGCAGCUGGCCGCCCCGUGGUUCGCCAAGAACCCGGCGGACCAUUCGGUCUACUUCCUCCACAAGUACUCUGCCUACUUGGAGGAGAGGAUCGGUUGGGUCAUCAACCAGGCGGGGAAGCUCGAGCCCCUGGUCAUGAACCAGGGGCUCGAGUUCGGGUCCUACGACGAGAAGUCGGUGGACCUGGUGUUCCGCAGGCUGCCCAAGUGCCAGGCGUUCAUGGACAGGGUGCUGGAGUCCUGCUGCCCUUUCGCCCACUUGCCCUGUUUCAACACUCUGUACCGCGCCGCCAUGACCAACACGCUGAAGGAGAGCUUCCAGGUCUACGCCACGUACUGCGAGUGCGUGGCGGCGCUGAUGAACAUGUUCUUCGACCUGACCGCCGGCGCGAGGGCCCUGGCGUGCAGGAUACUGAGGAGGGCCUCGAUGCAGAGUGGGGUUUUGCAGCUGAUGUACGAUACGUGCGAGAAGGUGAUCGGGAACAAGAAUUUGGAGUACCCCGUGGUGCAGAUCAUGACGUUGGAACAUGUCGCGGCGCUCGAGCAGGUCGAUCUCGAGGCCGGUUCGAGUUCCCCGCCGCCGGUGUUGGGGGAUGGAGUGAAGGAUGUUGGUGUUGUUCGCGGCGACGAGGAUGAUGGGGAUGGUGAUUUGGAGGUUGGGGAUAGCAGUGGUGAUUUUGGUGCAUUGUUUUCUUGGAAGAGUAGUUUGGAGACGAAGAUCAGCACGGUGUGGGUAGUGUUUGAAGAUGAAUUUAGUAGAUGAUAAUGAUAUAUACAGUUAUACUUUCUAUAUUUGCUAUUAUGCAAUAUGUAUUUGAUUUUGAUAGAAACCCCAGACCCAGAAGGGUUGUUCUUUGUUGUUUGUGCAUGUUUCGGAUGAAAGAUUGACACGAGAAAUUUUUUGGGAAGUUCUGUAAAUGUGUAGAGUAGGUUAAUAAUUAGGAUGAUUGUCA